AAGUCAAAGUAUUCGGAUAUUGAACUUGUGCCUGAGGAAGAGUUUUUCAAUUCAGCCCCUCAAGAUAUUAAAGGAUCUGUACUAUCAAAAGACAGUGCACAUGACCUGAUGCUAAGGCGGCUUAAUUUUGAGCUUUCCCGGCGAAGCAAGAUCCCCAAACCUCAGACGAAAGAGGGGAGGGGGAGGAGAAGAAGAGUCAUGGCGGACUUAGAAAACUUGCUUCUGGAAGCGGCAGGAAGAACCGGUGGACCUGGGAGGAACAAACACUCGCGCCCUCCACCAUCGAGAAGGCGAAGGGAUGAUUCCUAUUUCGACGAUGGCAGCGAUUCGAAGGACGAUGACGACUCGGACGGCGAUGAUCCGGGCUACUCAGGUAGAAAACCCUCUGGAUCUCAAGUCCCUCUCAAGAAGAGACUGGACACCCACGACAAGGACGAUGACUGCGAUAGCCGAGAUGACGACUGCGAUUACGACGAUGACGAAGAUCGCCAUGCCGGCAGCGGGGACGAUUCUGAUGUCGGGAGUGAUCUCUACAAGGACGACAGGGACAGGGAAGAACUCGCUAAUAUGAGCAAGUUGCAACGAGAGUUCGUCCUUUCUAAACGAGCCACGAAGAAAGAUGAUAAGAGGUUGCAGGAGGCCGUUAGAGCGAGGCAGGGUGGAAAGAAAAGUGAUAUUAUGAAAGAGACACCCCCUUCAGUUCGUGUUCGGUCAAGGUAUGCCGAUAAGUUGGCUGCGAAAGAUGAUGCUUUGAAUGAGCUGCGGAAUAAGAGGAGGAACAAGCAGGACCCGGAGGGUCAUUGUAAAUUGAGGGAUUCGGGAAGAGGGGGUCUGGGCGCGCGAGGUGGGUCUCCGGUUCGGUGGAGAUCGAUACUUACUGCGGUGAGUCCGAGUAGUUCAAGUCAGAGUGACUCUCAGAGUGGAAGUCACAUCAGAGAUGAUGGUUCAACAAGGGAUGGGGAUCUGGGUGACAGUGACGAUGAUAGGCAUGGAACCGGGAAGGAGGUGCCGACGUUUGAGGAAAUUAAGAGUAUUACGAUUAGGAGGUCAAAGCUAGCUAAGUGGUUCAUGGAACCCUUCUUUGAAGAGCUGAUUGUGGGUUGUUUUGUGAGAGUUGGGAUUGGAAUGUCUAGGUCUGGGCAGAGUAUAUACAGACUUUGUAUGGUGAAAAAUGUCGAUGCCACGGACCCUAAUAAACAGUAUAAGCUUGAGAACAGGACUACAUACAAGUAUUUGAAUUGUAUUUGGGGCAAUGAGAGCUCGGCUGCGAGGUGGUAGUGGCUAGAGUAUCUGA